ACGGCCCCCCCUCUCUGUCCAUCCUCUGCUCUCCUCUCGCCGGCGCCCGCGUCGCUCGAGUAGCAGUCAGCCUCAGCCAUGGCCGCGGAGGCGGAGCAGGGCUUCCGCCCGCUGGACGAGGCGUCCCUGCUCGCCUACAUCAAGGCCACGCCGGCGCUCUCUUCCCGCCUCGGCGGCGGCGGCAGCCUCGACUCCAUCGAGAUCAAGGAGGUCGGCGACGGCAACCUCAACUUCGUCUACAUCGUGCAGUCCGAAGCCGGCGCCAUGGUCGUCAAGCAGGCGCUCCCGUACGUGCGCUGCGUGGGGGACUCGUGGCCCAUGACGCGGGAGCGCGCCUACUUCGAGGCCUCCACGCUGCGGGAGCACGGCCGCCUGUGCCCGGAGCACACACCCGAGGUCUACCACUUCGACCGGGCCAUGUCGCUGAUGGGGAUGCGCUACAUCGAGCCCCCGCAUAUCAUCCUCCGCAAGGGCCUCAUCGCCGGCGUCGAGUACCCGCUGCUCGCCGACCACAUGUCCGAUUACAUGGCCAAGACGCUCUUCUUUACCUCCCUCCUCUAUAACAACACCACGGAUCAUAAGAACGGAGUUGCUAAGUACUCUGCGAAUGUGGAGAUGUGUAGGCUCACGGAGCAAGUUGUGUUCUCCGACCCAUACCGUGUCUCCAAAUUUAAUCGGUGGACCUCGCCUUAUCUUGACAAAGAUGCUGAGGCAGUUCGACAGGAUGACGAGCUCAAGUUGGAAGUAGCUGGACUGAAAUCGAUGUUUAUCGAGAGAGCUCAGGCUCUGAUUCAUGGAGAUCUCCACACUGGUUCUAUCAUGGUGACCACAGGUUCAACUCAAGUCAUUGAUCCAGAGUUUGGGUUCUAUGGGCCAAUGGGUUUUGACAUUGGAGCCUUCCUUGGAAACCUGAUUUUGGCAUACUACGCACAGAAUGGACAUGCUGAUCAAGCAAACGAUCGUAAGGCUUACAAGAAAUGGAUCUUGAAGACAAUUGAAGAGUCUUGGAAUUUGUUCCAGAAAAAGUUUGUUGAACUAUGGAAUAAACACAAAGAAGGGAAUGGGGAGGCAUACCUGCCUGAUAUAUACAACAACUCAAAGCUUGUGAGCGUUGCUCAGAAGAAGUACAUGACAAACCUAUUCCAUGAUAGUCUUGGGUUUGGUUCAGCCAAAAUGAUCAGGCGAAUAGUUGGAAUCGCUCACGUCGAGGAUCUCGAGUCAAUUAAGGAUGCCAGCAAGAGAGCAGAGUGCGAGCGUGCUGCCCUCAGUUGUGCAAAGGAGAUCCUCAAGGGAAGACGCCAAUUUGAGACCAUCGAGCAAGUCAUUGAGCAUAUUCAAUCGUUUGACCAGGACUGAGAAGGCGGCAGUCUAUUUUUGCGCUUAAGGAGACAUACUUUCGUCAAUUAACCCACACAUACCUGAGUAUCGGUGAAUCGUCUGUUUUGAAGCACCGGUUGUUUGUGUUUUCUGUAUUGAGAUUAUAUGAUGAAAAGGUGCCCAUUUGUGGUCUGAUAGUUUGGACUGUGUACACUACCAGAGUAAGAUCUUAUUCUGCCAUAGGCCCCUUGGUUCUGAAUAAUGAAAUGUACGAGAUUUCUCCGUGACUAUCUCAGUACAUUUAGAUGCUUGUAUUUUACCAAUAAUUUUUGUUAUGAUGGUCCUUUGGCAAGUACUGCCUUGUUAUUGUC